GGUUGGUCCCCGCGGUCGCCGGUCCCGCGGGGGGGCAGCGCGCGGCCGCCGCCGGAGAUCACAGCGCAGACCGGCUCCUGGCACCACUGAGCCAAACUGGAUUUCCACCGGUGACCUGGGAGCAGUGAGUCCCGUGUGGGCACGUGCCCUCGGCCAGCAUGACCAGCGAGGUGGUGGAGAACGAGUUUGAGUUUUACUCCAAGGCAGAGAAGUACUGGAAGGAUGUGCCCGCCACAGUGGAUGGCAUGUUGGGGGGCUACGGCCACAUCUCCAGCAUCGACAUCAACAGCUCCAGGAAGUUCCUGCAGAGGUUUCUGCGGGAUGGCCCCAACCGGACGGGGACGACCCGUGCCCUGGACUGCGGGGCUGGCAUUGGCCGCAUCACCAAGCGGCUGCUGCUGCCCCUCUUCAAGACAGUGGACAUGGUGGAUGUGACAGAGGACUUCCUCACCAAGGCCAAGAGCUACCUGGGCGAGGAGGGCAGGCGGGUGCGCAACUACUUCUGCUGCGGCCUCCAGGACUUCAGCCCCGAGCCGAACUCCUAUGAUGUCAUCUGGAUCCAGUGGGUCAUCGGACAUCUCACUGACAACCACCUCUCCGACUUCCUGAAGCGCUGUCGUGCCGGCCUGCGGCCCAACGGCAUCGUGGUCAUCAAGGACAACAUGGCUCAGGAGGGUGUGAUCAUGGACGAUGUGGACAGCAGCGUCUGCCGGGACCUGGACGUGGUCCAUAAGAUCAUCCGCAGAGCUGGGCUGCACCUCCUGGCCGAGGAGCGCCAGGAGAACUUCCCUGAUGAGAUCUACCACGUUUACACCUUCGCCAUGAGAUGAGGGCAGCAGGGGAAGGUCUCUCCCGUGUCGUGACUCCCCUUCCGGGGGCUGGUGACAAGGACGGGACUUUGUCUUCCAAGUUGCUGCUGUUUGUGAAAAGAGGUGUUUGCCAAAUACAUUUUCCUGCUGUUGCA